AUGUCUUUCAGGCGACGGCCAAAGUAUAAGGUUGACGAUAUAUUAAACGGCACAGUCCCGGAACCUCUUUCUCCAUCAAAUUACAGUCAUCACCACCACAUCUCUCAUUUCACCCAAGAUGACUCUCCUCCAUCUUCACCUUCCAUCAAAUCUGGGGAAAACGCACACCUAAUACCAGAAUCCCCCAUACUAGCAACUGCCUACUCUGCAUUGGUCGUCGACACAAACUUUAUUCUUUCGCAUGUUGAUUUGAUUGAAGAGUUGCGCGUACUUGCCGAAACCUACAACCACAUUAUCGUGAUACCCUGGAUUGUGGUGGAAGAACUAGAUUCGCUAAAGUCGCAAAACCGAAAGGAACUGGGGACCUCGCAUUCAGUAGGAUACCUUGCACGUAAGGCCACUGACUGGAUUUAUAAGGCACUUGCGGCCUGUGACUCGCGCGUGGUAGGUCAGAGAAUCAAUCAACGACUAGAUUCGUCUUUACGUGGAGAUGACAGCAUUUUAGAUUGUUGCUUAUUUUUCCAACAAGAAUACUUGCUUUUGACAGUUAUUUUAUCGAACGACCGAAAUCUGUGUAAUAAGUCGUUGAUGCACAAUAUUAAAACGGUGACAUACAGACGUGGGUUAUCUGCUAAAGAGGUAUCUGAAACGGUGGCCAAGGAGGUGGUUAUCUGGCAGGAACAAGUGAAUAGUGUUCAUGAAAAGUUUGAAAGGAAAAAAAUCAGGGAGUUUUUUGCAGAAAAAGAUGCGGAGCUGAGGAAAUAUUUUGAAGAUAUGAGUGACAAUGAAGAAAUCAAGUACCAAAACCAGAACCAGAACCAGAACCAGAACCAGAACCAGUACCUGCAGCAGCCGGUUUUGGUCCAGGAGGAUAUGGAAAUGGAUGUCGACGAACCGGUUCGACCUGAACCAGUGGAAAAACCUGCGGCCAAACCAUCUGAUCUUUUAAAAUCACGAUAUAACGAUCAGAAUUUACAAAGUUCGUCAAAAGCAUUAUCAUCAUCAUCACUGAAAAAAACUUCCAACCUGGCUCCACUUCCAGCAAAUAUUGAUACACACAAUCCCAUUGUACGAAAACAAUUGAUGUUACUACAUGAUAAAAUCAAACAGUUUGUAGCUGCACGCGACGCAGAUGGGCUACGUGACUUUUACAUACAGAAGAUUAUUGAUGAAGUAUCACCCAUAAUAUGCAAGCUUAUUUUGGAGCGGUUCCCGAAUCCGUCUGAUUUAAAGUAUAUGACAGGGGUAGAGAAUCUUGAGAAACUAUUUACAUCGAAGUCAGUUUCUACCUUUCACAACCCCCAAAAUGAGUUUGUUUAUGAUAGAAGUGUGGUGUACAAGUUUAAGUCGAUAGAAACAAUGAUUGUGAUGGUUUCUGAUUUUUAUUCUACAGUUUUUAGGGGCCGCAUUCCAUGCGAAAAUCAAAAUCAAAAUCAAAAUAACAGUAACGACCACAUUGAUAAAUACAAAUACAUGGAGCCCGGAUACUUGACAAGUUCGCCAUCGGACCAUAGAAAACAAAUAUUUAUCAAGGAUAUGAAGAUGUUUAUUUUCCAUUGGACUGAGCUCUGGGGAGGUCUCGAAGUGUCAGAGCUCCAAAGACAGCCUACAAAUUCAUCACAGGAAAUGCAACAGGGACUCUUACACGACGUGGAGAAUUAUAUUUUAGGGACCAGGAAGCUGAUGCUUUUAGGUCUUGAGCAAGUGAUGCAAUGA